AUCAACAUAAUAGUUGUUGUGGUUUCAGGUGAAGGGAUCACCAAUGGGAAUCACCAAUGGCUCUAUGACACAACAACCUCCAGCAAACAUCAGGCCAAAGUCCAUCUAUAAGGAAUCCAGGCAGCAAAAUAAUGGAAAUGCUGGCAUAUCGGGUGCCAAAUUUUUGCGAAGAGUUGGGCAGCAUUUUCAGGGAGAAGAAGAACUCAAAGCUCAUGGUGGCAUUCAUAGAAAAGAGAGACCUCUUGCUUGUGCCCAGUGUGGAAAAAGAUUCACCCGUCCAUCAGGCCUAGCCAAGCACUUGAAAACACAUUCAGGAGAGAAACCUUACCACUGUGGCCAGUGCCCCAAGAGUUUCAUUUAAAUGUCGCACCUCACACGGCAUCAGAGGGUCCACACUGGGGAAAAACCCCAUCCUUGUGCUGAAUGUGGCAAGUGCUUCAAUUGUCAUCAGAUCUAGCUAAGCACCGGCACGUUCAUAUGGAAGAGAAACCCUUCCGCUGUGCUGAGUGCGGAGCAACGUUUAACCAGUUUUCACACCUCACAUGGCAUCAGAGGAUUCACACUGGUGAGAAACCUCACUCCUGCACUGAGUGUGGGGAAACCUUUAGCCAGUGGGCUCAUCUGAUUAGCCAUCAGAGAAUCCACACAGGAAAAAGACUUUAUCACUGCAAUUCCUGCCAGAAAUGUUUCAGUCAUCUCUCAGCGCUUACAGUGCACAAGAGGAUCCAUGUGGGUCAGUGGCCAUAUGGCUGCCCUGAAUGUGGGAAAAGGUUCAUUGCUUCUUCUGCUUUAACCAGGCACCACUCAGAAGAAAGGCCUUAUCACUGUGAUGAAUGUGGCAGGAGGUUUAACCAGCUCUCUCACCUUUACAGACACUGGCAGAUCCACUCAGGUAAGACACCUCACAGCUGCACUGAGUGUGGGAAAAAGUUCAACCAGCUCUCCUCCCUCAUCGGGCAUCAGAAAAUCCACACCAGAGAGAAACCAUAUUGUUGUGAUAAGUGUAAUAGAAUGUUUAUUCUGCUAGCUGAUUUCAUAAUUCAUCAGAGUCCAUACAGGAGAAAAGUCACAUCGCUGCAUCAAGUGUGGCAGGAUAUUCCAGCAGAGACAUUGGUCAGGCAUCAAAAACUUUACCCAAGAGCAAAUUUGUAAUUGCAGUAUCUGCAAACAAAAACUUUCCUGCCAUUGGAUUUAUAUAUAUGAAAUGAAUAUUUGCAGUUUUUGAAAUUCAAAAAGGGUGGAGGAAAGAUCUAAUUCAAUAUCCUCAUCCUAUCAUCCUGUUUCUCCUGUCACACUGCCUCUCAACUGCUUCCAGCAGAACUUUUUUUUUUUUGCAAUUGUUUCCAAUCUUUAACCUAGAGAGAACUUUCCAGUGGAGUAUGGUUUUCCAGACUCAUGAAGGCCAUACACUAAUCCCAAAUUUUUCAUCUGCUUUAUAUCAUAAAGGGCAGUGCUGAUUAGUUCUUAUUCUUGAUCAAAUGUCAUUAUUUGGGGAUGCUUCCUAUCCAAUGACACGAUAACUUUUUAUCAAAUCAAAAAUAAAUUGUUGACAUGAUGAUGACAACAAUGAUA